AUGCGUCAAACCCAUACUGGAGUGUUCAACUUGGAUAUCACUCUUUAUCGGGACGGUAAUCUCUUACCUGAGAAAUCAGCGAGGAACACGGUCAAUCGUUCUUCUAGAAGCAACAACUUGAAGUUAGCUGACAGUGUAGACGUGACGCUUCAUGCUUUCUAUCUGCCUGAUCGCUACUAUAUAAUAGCCGAUUGCCUAUCGUGCGGAAACGGGCUUCCAGAUUGGCACCUCAAGGGGAACGUUGUGAAAAAGAUUUUCAAGAAAUGGGGUACCCCUCAAGUUGAGUUUUUCGCCACGAGUCAGUCAACGGUUGUUCCAGCUUAUGCGUCAAUAGAGGCAAUCAUUUUCAGCCGAGAUUGGCAAUACAAUCUUGCUCGGGUUUUUCCACUGCCGCCCUUGUUCCCCAGGGUGCUUCGUCAUCUCAACAAAUCGUCGGGGACUUUUCUUGUAGUAGUUCCUCGAUGGGAAGCAGUGAUCUGGAGAAACGACUUGAAGCGACGGGCUCUGGGGGCUCCUUCUCAAAUUCGCAAUUUGAAAGUGUCUGAUAGAUCUGUCUGUCAACCGCCCAGCUUCACAAGUGGAAGAUCUGCUAGACGUCUGGCGGAG